AAAAGGCCAAAGAGGGACUGAGAGCUCAGGCUGCCGCCUGCAGAACCCAGGGUCAUUCUAAAAUUGCACCACUGCUGCUGUCAGGUGGUUGCUGGUGAAUCCCCACCGAUCCUCCUUCUCCCGGCCUCUGCCUCUCCACAGAUCACCUUCCCAAGGGGAGCCUGCAGCUAAAACUUCACCUUUGCCAGCCGGGCACCCACCUCACAGGAGGGAAGGAGCUGGGACCCCAUCGCCACCUCCUGUCUUCUGGAUCCUGGGGGUUACACCCUGUUCCUUCUCCGUGAUGCAGCGGCUUUUCGUUCACUUUGCAUUUUGAAGUUGCUCCAGGAUACUGUCGUCUCACACGAUAGGCAUCAACCACGAGACACGUGGCUGCUGAACGCUUGCCAUGGAACUGACACAGUCUAAGGUGCAGUGUGAGUCUACCUACACCUGCAUUUGGAAGAUUUAUGAAGAAAAGAGUGAUAUCACAUUGCAAGCCCUUGCCCGUAACAGUGUAUCUGCCAACAUGGCACCCAAAAAGAAGACCGUCAAAAAGAACAAAGCUGAUAUCAGUGAGAUGACUAUCAUUGUAGAAGACAGCCCCCUCAGCAAACUGAACGCUCUGAAUGGGCUCCUGGAGGGAGGUAACGGCCUGAGCUGCCUCUCUUCUGAGCUGACAGAUGCCUCCUAUGGCCCCAAGCUUCUAGAGGGCCUGAGUAAAAUGCGGCAGGAGGGCUUCCUCUGUGACUUAGUCAUCGGAACCAAAACCAAAUCCUUCGAUGUUCACAAGUCAGUGAUGGCUUCAUGCAGUGAAUACUUUCACAACAUCCUAAAACAAGAUCCAUUAACCCGCAGGGUGGAUCUCAACGAUAUCUCCCCGCUAGGCCUGGCCACAGUCAUUGCAUAUGCCUACACAGGCAAGCUGACCCUAUCCUUGUAUACCAUAGGAAGCAUCAUUUCCACUGCUGUUUAUCUUCAGAUUCACACACUUGUAAAGAUGUGCAGCGAUUUUCUGAUCCGAGAGAUAAGUGUUGAGAACUGUAUGUAUGUUGUUAACAUUGCUGAGACGUAUUCCCUGAAAAAUGCAAAAGCAGCAGCCCAGAAAUUCAUCCGGGACAACUUCCUUGAAUUUGCGGAAUCAGAUCACUUUAUGAAACUUACAUUUGAACAAAUUAAUGAACUUCUCAUAGAUGAUGAUUUACAGUUGCCUUCUGAGAUAGUAGCAUUCCAGAUUGCAAUGAAAUGGUUGGAAUUUGACCAAAAGAGAGUGAAAUACGCAGCAGAUCUCUUGAGCAAUAUUCGCUUUGGCACCAUCUCUGCACAGGACCUGGUGAACUAUGUCCAGUCUGUACCAAGAAUGAUGCAAGAUGCUGACUGUCACAAGCUCCUCGUGGAUGCGAUGAACUACCAUUUACUUCCCUAUCAUCAGAACACACUGCAGUCGCGGCGAACAAAAAUCCGAGGGGGCUGCCGAGUCCUGGUCACUGUUGGAGGACGCCCAGGCCUCACUGAGAAAUCUCUGAGUAGAGACAUUUUGUACAGAGACCCUGAAAAUGGAUGGAGCAAGCUUACCGAAAUGCCAGCCAAGAGUUUUAACCAGUGCGUGGCUGUGAUGGAUGGAUUUCUUUAUGUAGCUGGCGGUGAAGAUCAGAAUGACGCAAGAAACCAAGCCAAGCACGCAGUCAGCAAUUUCUGCAGGUACGACCCCCGCUUCAAUACCUGGUUGCACCUGGCCAGCAUGACCCAGAAGCGCACGCAUUUCAGCCUCAGCGUGUUCGAUGGGCUGCUCUACGCUGUGGGCGGCCGCAACGCCGAGGGCAGCCUGGCCUCGCUGGAGUGCUACGUGCCCUCCACGAACCAGUGGCAGCCCAAGGCGGCCCUGGAGGCGGCGCGCUGCUGCCACGCCAGCGCCGUGGCGGGCGGCCGCGUGCUGGUGACCGGCGGCUACGUGGGCGGCGCCUACACGCGCUCCGCGUGCGCCUACGACCCCGCGGCCGACGCGUGGCACGAGCUGCCCGGCCUGAGCACGCCGCGCGGCUGGCACUGCGCCGUGGCGCUGGGCGAUAGCGUGUACGUGAUGGGCGGCAGCCAGCUGGGGCCGCGGGGCGAGCGCGUGGACGUGCUGGGCGUCGAGUGCUACAGCCCCGCCACGCGGCAGUGGAGCCAGGUGGCGCCGCUGCUGGUGGGCGUGAGCACGGCGGGCGUCUCGCUGCUGCACGGCCGCGCCUACCUGCUGGGCGGCUGGAACGAGGGCGAGAAGAAGUACAAGAAGUGCGUGCAGUGCUUCAGCCCCGAGCUCAACGAGUGGACGGAGGACGACGAGCUGCCCGAGGCCACCGUGGGCGUGUCGUGCUGCACGCUGGCCAUGCCCAACAGCGUGACGCGCGAGUCCCGGGCCAGCUCGGUGUCCUCGGUGCCCGUGAGCAUCUGACCCGGGCGCGUGCGCCCUCGCCGGCGGGCAGGAGGCGGUGCCGUUUAAAUUCUUGGAGUGCAUGAUCUACCUCCUUUUUUCCUUUUUUCUCCCUUCCCUCCCCCGCCGCUUUCUGUUCCCUGCUUUUCCCGAGCGAAGUAGAGCGCUGCGGCCCAUCAGGGAGACGCGUCCUUGAGCGGCCGCCGGGGGGCGCGCGGGAUUCGCUGCAGGCGCGAGUCCCCAAAGCCCAGCGGUGACACCCACAUUGAGAUCUCUCUUCUGAUUUUAGGAAGCUUCCGUGAGUAAGCAGUUACUCGUGCUCAAAGGUUUAUUCUCCCACGCUUUUUAAUUUAGGAGUGUGAAAAUACUUUCGGAUUAUACUUACUUUAAAAGACUGCUGUUCAUAAAGACCUAAUUCUGUGUUUCAACACAGUUUUCCCUCCUGUACUUCACUGACUAAAGGAUUGUGAAAGGCAGCCCCUAAAAGUCCACAAAGUGGGAACUUCGACUGGAAGAGAACGGAGGUUGUGUGGCCACCUCAGAGGUGCUCGGGCUGCAGGAUAAAAUCUUGUGCUCAGAGAGAGAAGGAACUGAUGUUGUCCUUAUGAUUCAUAGCGUAAAUUCAAUCGUUUUGGUCUUUUCCUCCCAAAUGUAUUUGCACUCUAUCCCCUCGGGGAUUUCAGUUGUCCUUAAGGACUGUCACCACAAAGUGGUGUCCAGGUCAUACUCAUUCUCUUCCCUUUCUAACUAGAAGUCUGACACAUCUUUUUCAUACAGGAGGACUGAGGUAACGUCCGCUCCUUUUGUGCUGUUAAUUUUAUUAAUCUCAUCCACUCCAAACGAGCUUUGCAAAUCAAAAUGCAUCCACAAGCCACCGUAUUUCUGUCAGAUUUUUCAAGUUUUGGGGAAAAGAGACUCUGGCAGUAAAUGAGACAUAAUUUUCCUUUCUUAGGAUUUAUCACUUCAUUCUUUGAUUGCUUGAGAAAGGAAAUGGCCUACCAGUAAUGGGUUAUGUGCGAUUGGAUUUUAAAAAAUAAAAAAUAUUUAAAGGGUUAAAUAAAAUGUGUGGGACUAUAACUUUUUCAUUAACGCCAUCCUCUCCCACCUUGUGUAGGGAGGCUAUUGCUAGAGGUAUAUUUGUAUCAAAAAUAGAUUUGGCCCUCCUUAUCCAAGAUUUCUAUGUCUGAAAAUUCCAGCAGACUGAAAUACAUGAAAACAGUUGCGUCUGUACUGUUCAGGGUUCUUUUGUCGUAACUCCCUAAACAACUCUGUGUGAAACUAUUUGCACAGCAUUUGUGCUGUACCGGGUAUCGUAAAGUGUAAAGAUGAUGUCAAGUACAGGGAGGCUGUGAGGAGGUUAUGUGCAAACACGAAGCCAUUUUACAUAAAGAACAUGAGCUUCCGGGAAUACUGGAAACCUAGGUAGAGGGUCUAGGCCGGUACCCCAGGGGUACCGAGGGAGGACUGUACUUAUUUCCAGCUGUGAAGAUAGCUGGUGCAAUAUGCUUGUCAAAUAAUUUUAUAUCACCCCCCUUAUGCAUAUCUCUGGUAUUUGGUGAUUAUACCUCAGGGAUAGGCUAUAAUUACUAAAUAUUAAUUAUAAUUACUACAUAUUAAGAAAACGAUAUUAUUGGUGGAAAAGCAGUGGGCUUUUUCUUACUCCACAUAGGUGAUGUGGAGUUUUGCUCAGCAUCGAGCAGCUCUAAAGGAAUCUACUCCUUUAAUUCUGUAUCUGGCCAGGCUGGAAAAUGCAGAUCUGUAAGAAAGUAGUUUAUGGAAAAGUUAAAUCACCAAACUCUUAAAUUACAAGCAGCACAACCUGUGGAUAGCCUCUGCCUUGCAGCAGCGCUGAUGAGUAAACUUCAUUUGGAAACAGUUAUGUUGGACAUACGUUGCAAAGCCUAUGCCAUCGUGACUUGAGUAUCUUUCACGCUGCAUUCACGCAGCCGAAAGCCUAUAGUAAAUUGUCAAGAGUUUUGAGAGGAAAAGGUGUUUUAUUAAGGGUUACAUGUGGGCAACAGACUUACUUCCUUAAUGAAGCAAAGAUGGGUCUCCCCUGGAGACCUUAAGGUGUUGUGUGAGGAGAGGAACCUAGAGCCCUAAAUGAAGUAAGAGUCAAUCAGUUGUAACAUUUGAUGAUAGAAAAAGGAGAGACACCAAAACUAAAGGGGUUUUCUGCUGUCAGAGCUUGAGAAGAUAAGUUGUGGAAAACUUGGCAGAGGCUUUCUAGACUAUAGACCUGUUAGAACUGGGUGAAUAAUUUGAAACUUGUUCUCUGCCUUGUUGAAAUGAAGACUGGGAAAGUACACGUACUGGGCCUCUGGUUUUCCUGGCUGUACUGCUUUUUAUGUUCUGCUUUAUCAGUUAAUGAAGAUGGGCACAAACAUACACAGAAUCAAAACAGUCGGGUGUGAAACAGGUGUAUUAAUCCUUCUCUUGAGGCAGCUGCUCCUAGAAAACAUGACGCGGUCUCUGAGCUUCCCAGCUGAAAAAUUGACUUCAUUUUUUUGUAGUUUAAGUUUAUAUCUAGUUGCACUCCCAAGGCUCAGGCCCUAACCAUGUGCUUCCUUUUAUUUUUCUGAAAGAAAAGGACUUGUUAGAUUUGUAAUGCCUCAGUCCCGAGUUAAAUAAACAAAUUCAUUCAACGAAUCGGAGAAUUUGCAUGGUAGCCAGCAGCUGAAACAGUAAAACUCAAGCUGUCUUUUCCUGAAUGGGCCAGAGACCUGAUGAGAAAGUCUCCAGGAAGCCGGGCUGUACUAGAGACAGGCACACUAGCUAGGCUGCUGGGGUCGAGUUAUGAUGCCUAAUGCACCAGUUCCUGUCAGUGCUUUGUUCCCUAUUUUGUAAGGAUGGGUACAGAUGGGAGGUUAGAAAUGGUCCAGAUUAGUACAGUUCUACCCAGUGCUUAAUGGUAGCACAGAGUUCCGAGUGAGUGUGGUGUACUGGGGUGAUACUGAGGUGAGGAUUGCUCUCUGGUUUGAGGCACAGUAGCAAUUAGACUUAAGUGUAUUUUAGAAAGGUGUGUAAAUUAGAGGUCUACUUGGAAACAGGAAAGUGUUGAGAGGUUUCUGUUGUGGUUUGGUUUUUUUGUUUUGUUUUGUUUUGCCUAUUAUCCCGGCCGUGUGUCUUCAGAAUUCAUCCCAAUUCCUAAAAUGAGAGACUGCAAACUCACUUCAUUUAUUUUUCUUUUUGUUCCAUCCAGAUGAGUUUGCAUAGUCCCUGGUGAGCUGCAGCCCCACCCCAGCUGCGGGUGACUCUGGACCAGGCAGGAUUAACAAGAAUUCUUUUGCAUAUUUCUCCUUUGUGUCAGUGCAGUUCGGCAUGAUUUCCCAAGCACUCUUCUGUUUGUAACUGAAAACUGAAGACCCUAAAACACUAAAUAUUUAGCCUAUUGCACAUUCAAAGGGUAAGCACCAUUUAAUUUUCCCUCUCAGGGAUUUCAAAAUGAAAUACUUGUUUUGGAUACUCCUUAAAAAAUAAAAUCUAUUUAUUCAGCAA